CGAGACGACCAUGAGCGGAGAGGUUGUCAGUCGACAGCCACAGCCAUCACCUAUGGUCCAAGCUGCUGCCCGUACUGGUCUUCACACCCGUGCCCUCGAGCAGGUAGACGCUCUGGAGAAGCAGCUGGAGGCGCUGAUGGGCAAGGUCAUGACAGUCUUGAGUCGGAGGGCUGAGCCGUCCGAGAGCGAGGCCAAGGAUGAUGUGGUUGAAAUCGGCAAAGCGCUGGAGCUGUUUCAUGACCAGUGCGAUGCGGUGUACUCGGAGCUGGUGGACAUGUACGCUGCCGUCAACAUGGAGCUGCUGAGGAGAGAUGGGUCGGACAUGCCGGCAAAGAUCGUCCGGCAUGCACAGCUCGACGACAACGCCAGUCAUACUACCCGCCGCAACGCCCACCCACAAGACAUUCCGGCCGUCAUGGCUGCGGUCCAGGCUCGCAUCGACACCGCAUCGGCUCUCCGGGCAGCCUCCGACGACCUUCUCGCCGCCAUCGCUCCGCCAUCUGACCAGUAG